AUGUUACCGGUCUCGCGACCUGAAGGACAAAUGAGUUUCAACUACAUCCCCACCACACAGUCCUUGUCGGGAACCUCGACAGGGCGAAGCUCGCCCAGCGAUCUGGCUGGGUCGGGGACUGCGAAGGCGCCCUUCGGCUCAUCCACGUCGAUUGGUGUUUCGCGACUGGGGGCUGGCUCCCCUUCUCAUGAGUUGGGGACACGUCUGUACCCGAAGCGUGCUCGCGAGAUUCAGGCACAGGAAGGCCUCCCCACCAGCAUCUGGGGUCCCCCAACCAGUGGUCACUCGACCCCGCUGCGCGAGAACAUUCCCGAGUCCCCCAGCCAGGACAGCUUUCCCGACCUCAUCCCCACCACCAAUGGCUCAAUGACUGGCUCUGGCCGCCGGGCCCGAGCUGGCACGGUGCCCUCUCGAUUCCCACCGAUGGGCACCCUCAACGAGAUGGAUGUUCAGCAACCGUUCAUGUCCCAGACGUCCCGUCCAACUCCCUCCACGAGCCCCUUCCGACCUCCUGGUGUUUCUGGAAUUGACACAAGUGCCGGGAUUGCGAGCUCCACUGCCGCAGCGAAUCCGACUAUGCUAUCCCGUCUUCGAGCUGGCUCGAUGCCGCAGCGAAACAGUCUCCUCGGUUCUGGCGGCCCUUUCGGCUCAUCAGUCUUCUCUUCGGGCUGGUCAACUGGUCGCGACAGAGCCACUACUCUGACAAGUAUCCGCUCGUCAGAGGGCGCGGCCUCACCUAGCCAGUCGUCCUUUUCUCAAGACACCGCUGAUGUCCGAACUCUGGACUACCUCGGGCUUGCGGAGACUCCUCAGCAGCCGAGGGCUUCCCUUACACGACCUUCGAUGGAGCAGUUGAUUCAUCACCAACAGCAGCAGCAGCAGCAAGCAUCUGCGCUGCCGCCACUCCUGGCUGAGCUGGCGAUGAUGAAGAGCAACAAUCGGUUCCGAUCCUACUCGGUCAAUGCAAAGGAGAAGUAUGCUGAUGAUGAGGAUUUGGAAUAUGAGAGCCGCUACUCUGGUGUUCCUUCGGGUACACUGACUCCGUCGGCUGCUGCGACGGCUGCUCAGCUUGCUGCCACACAGGCGCAGAUUCAUCAGCAUAACCUGGCGGUUCAGGCAUUCGCCAGCCAUGCCUCCGUCAACCGCCCUCGAGCACGGACUGCGGGUAUUCUGGAGGCCCCUCCUCAACGAUCAUCUAUCCGCAACUACCUCGCCACACCCUCCCGCCUUGACAACAGCUUCACUCCUUCCGACCUGCAUAUCUCAGAAAAUGGCGAAUACGAUGACCUUGCUGAGGCGGUUCAAAUGAUGCAUCUUGGUGCAGCUGGUGGACCUGCAGUUGGUAUCAGGGCAACGGGAGAAAUGGCAGACGAGAACAACCAAGAUGGUCCGACUCGGGCUUUGUGGAUUGGCAGCAUUCCCGUCUCCACCACGGUCACUUCGCUUGAUGCUAUCUUUGGCAUGUACGGCAAGAUUGAGUCUACUCGUGUGCUGACCCAUAAAAAUUGUGGCUUUGUCAACUUUGAACGCAUUGAAAGUGCCGUGCAGGCCAAGUCACUGCUUAACGGCAAGGAGAUUUUCCCUGGUGCCGGACCCGUUCGAAUUGGUUAUGCUAAAGUUCCCGGAACCUCUGCAGCUGGCACCCCUGGUGCGAAUGGCAUUCAGUCAUCGCCUACUCCAGAUCCAAACUUCAAGUCUAGCAUUGUCGCGGAAGGUAUCGAACAGGCGAAUACUUUUGGAGCCGUCCCUCAGAUCCCUGCUCUGAUUGAUCUGCUGCCGGAGAUGGUUGAGAUUGUUCAGGAGUUUGGAGCCAGUGAGGAUGAUUCACGCAACAUCACUGCCACCAUCCAAAGUGCCAUUGCGUUCCAGGCCUUUGAAGAUGAAAUUCCUUCCGUCCCCGAACCCAGCCAGGCCCGCAUGUUUGACGCCCCUCGUCUGCGUGAUAUUCGCAAGCGUAUCGACAACGGUGCUUGUUCGAUCCAAGAAAUUGAAGAAACUGCCAGCGCCAUGCUUCCCGAGAUUGCUGAGCUGUCUUCCGAUUAUCUUGGUAACACUGUCGUUCAGAAAUUGUUUGAGUUUUGCUCCGAGCCUACGAAGGAACAGAUGCUCUCCCACAUUGCUCCUCAUCUCGCUGAAAUCGGUGUGCACAAGAAUGGAACUUGGGCUGCACAGAAGAUUAUCGACGUUGCCAAGACCCCUGCCCAGAUGAAUCUGAUCGUCGAAGCUCUUCGCCCUUACACCGUGCCGCUCUUCCUUGACCAGUAUGGAAACUACGUGUUGCAAUGUUGUCUGCGAUUUGGUGCCCCUUACAAUGACUUUAUCUUUGAGACCAUGCUGAGCCGCAUGUGGGAGGUCGCUCAGGGCCGAUUCGGGGCCCGAGCCAUGCGGGCGUGCUUGGAAAGCCACCAUUCCACUAAAGAUCAGCAGCGGGCCCUUGCGGCUGCCAUUGCCAUUCACAGCGUGCAGCUGGCCACCAAUGCCAACGGGGCUCUGCUGCUUACUUGGUUCCUCGACACCUGUACAUUCCCCCACCGCCGAACCGUGCUCGCUCCCAGACUCGUGCCCCAUCUGGUCCAUCUUUGCACUCACAAAGUUGCAUACCUUACCGUUCUCAAGGUCAUUAACCAGCGCAACGAGGCUGAAGCUAGAGACAUCGUUCUGAAGGCGCUUUUCUUCAGCCCGGGCGAUGAGAUGUUGGAGAAGAUCUUGAGUGACCAAUCUUCGGGAGCUACGUUGAUCUUCAAGGUCCUGACCACUCCAUUCUUUGACGAGUCGAUGCGGUCGGAGGUCGUGAAGAAUGUGUCCAAGGUUCUCACCAAUUUGAAGGCAUCGCCAAGCCAGGGAUACAAGCGCCUCAUGGAUGAGGUUGGCUUGUCGUCCCGCGGCAACGGCCGGGAGCACCAUAGUCGCGACCAUGGCGUUAGCCACUCUUCUACCCCGGAGAAGUCACAGCACCGUCAAUCCUCCCGUCACGGCAGCACCAACUUCCCAGCACAGCCAUCUAUGGACCGACAGUACAGCGGCCAGUUUGGCUCCAACAUGCUUGGCCAGGCUCCCGAUUCGCGGCCCAUUUCAGCCGACCAGAACAAUGCGCCUCUCGACGGGUAUGGGGCCAAUGGAAUGAACGGCUUCGGCAGUCCGCUGAAUGGGCUUGGAGGGAUGAACGGCUUCCAGGACCCCAACGCUCCUCUGGCUCAGCAACAGCUCCAGUACCAAGCUUAUCUGGCUGCCCAGGCUCGUGGUGUCUCUCCUGGUGGGAUGUACCCGGGCAUUCCAGCGGCCAACUUCGGGUACCCGGCUGCGUCGCCGUCUGUUGAUAACCUGCGCUCGCUGCAGACUCAGUUGUCUGGUCCACCUGGCCCCAUGAGCUCAAAUGCUAUGCCGGGUCAGUCUAACUACUCGCCGCAGCAGUUCAGUCCGGUGGUCAACCCAGCGCAAAUGUACCAAUAUGCUCCACAGUUCUAUGCCCAGGCACAGCCCGUGCAGGGUCAGACUGGUGGAGCGCGACGUGGACGGCGCUGA